AGCAGCAGGACGGAGGAAUGUGACGGGACCGUCGGUGUGCUCCGGGCCUCACCUCAGCGGGACAAAUCAUGGGAAUAAAACCUCACAGCUUCACCCGGAGAUUAAUAAAUGUCUGAUUCAAGCCUUCAGAUAUGAGGAGGAGUGAGAAGCGGAGUCAGGAGAGGAUCUUUGCUGGAUGUUUCUGACAGUUGGGAUCAGUUGAAGUCAGUCCAGGUGUGGCUGCUCUCACCUGAGCCUUCGCGUUUCUCUCAUUGUACCUGCGGAUUAUUUAAAGUUCUGUGCAUCAGGACAGUUUGAGGUGUCGGAGCUCACGAUGCCGGAACUGAUCAGUGUGAAUGAGUUUAUAGCAGAGACUAAUGAGGACUACAAAGCUCCCACCACCUCCAGCUUCACCACCAGGAUGUCCCACUGCAGGAACGCAGUGGCGGCUUUGGAGGAGGUUCUGGACUUGGACAGAUCGGUCCUCUAUAAGAUCAAGAAGUCGGUGAAGGCCAUCAACACGUCAGGUCUGGCUCACGUGGAGAAUGAGGAGCAGUACAUUCAGUCCUUGGAGAAGUUCGGAGACAACUGUGUCUGCAGGGAGGACGCUGAGGUCGGCUCCGCCUUCCUCAAGUUCGCCGUUUUCACCAAAGAGCUGACAGCGCUCUUCAAGAACCUGAUGCAGAACAUGAACAACAUCAUCACGUUUCCUCUGGACAGUCUGCUGAAGGGCGACCUGAAGGGCGUCAAAGGGGAUCUGAAGAAGCCGUUUGACAAAUCCUGGAAGGACUACGAGACCAAACUAGCGAAGAUUGAGAAGGAGAAGAGGGAGCACGCCAAGCAGCACGGGAUGAUUCGCACCGAGUUCAGCGGAGGAGAGAUCGCCGAGGAGAUGGAGAAGGAGAGACGACUCUUCCAGCUGCAGAUGUGCGAGUAUCUCCUCAAAGUCAACGAGAUCAAAGUAAAGAAAGGUGUCGACUUCCUCCAGAACCUCAUCAAGUAUUUCCACGCUCAGUGCAAUUUUUUUCAGGACGGACUGAAGGCUGUGGAGAGUCUGAAACCUUCUGUGGAGAAACUGGCGACCGACCUGACGGCGAUUAAACAGACUCAGGAUGGAGAGAGGAAACAGCUGACUCAGCUCCGAGACGUCCUGAAGGCGUCUCUGCAGUCUGAGCAGAAAGAGGACGCUCAGGCCAAACAGAACGCAGGUUACAGCCUCCACCAGCUGCAGGGAAACAAGGCUCACGGCACCGAACGCUCCGGAGUCCUCUACAAGAAAAGUGAGGGACUCAGGAAGGUGUGGCAGAAAAGGAAGUGCUCGGUGAAGAACGGUUUCCUGACCAUCUGCCACGGCACGUUUUUACAUGAAGAGUCAAACGGCCAAUCAGGACAGAGCAAGAAGCAGAGGAAGAGAAGCAGGAGGAGGAGGAAGAGCAUAAGGAAAAGGAUGACAGAGAGAAGGGCUAACAGACCUCCAGCCAAACUCAACCUGCUCACCUGUCAGGUGAAGAGGAAUCCAGACGAGAAGAAGAGCUUCGACCUUUUCUCACAUGACAGGACGUAUCACUUCCAAGCCGAAGACGAAGCCGAGUGUCAGAUCUGGGUGUCGGUGCUGCAGAACAGUAAAGAAGAGGCGCUGAACAAAGCAUUUAAAGGCGACCAGGACGAAGGAGAGAACAACAUUGUGCAGGAGCUGACCAGAGCCAUCGUAGGAGAGGUGAAGAGGAUGAGUGGCAAUGACAGCUGCUGCGACUGUGGAGCUUCAGGUCCCACCUGGCUGUCCACCAACCUGGGGGUGCUGAUCUGUAUCGAGUGCUCAGGGAUCCACAGGGAGAUGGGGGUCCACUACUCCAGGAUCCAGAGUCUGGACCUGGACGUCCUGGGGACCUCCGAGCUGCUGUUGGCGAAGAACGUGGGAAAUGCCAGUUUCAACGAGAUCAUGGAGGCAGAUCUGUCGGCGCAGGGCGUCACCAAACCUAGUCCGUCCAGUGACAUGCAGAUGAGGAAGGAUUACAUCACAGCGAAGUACACGGAGAAACGCUUCGCCCAGCGGCUUUGUGCAGAUGCUGCAUCCAGACUGCAGGUUCUGUACGAGGCCGUCAGGAACAGGGACAUCCUGUCUCUGAUCCAGGUCUACGCCGAGGGGGUGGACCUAAUGGAGGCCAUCCCACAGCCCAACGAACACGAACCUGGAGAGACGGUGCUCCACCUGGCCGUCCGCAUGGUCGACAGAAACUCCCUCCACAUUGUUGACUUCCUCGCCCAGAACAGUGGUAACCUGGACAAACAGACGGCAAAAGGAAGCACAGCGCUGCAUUACUGCUGUCUGACAGACAACAGCGAGUGUCUCAAACUGCUGUUGAGAGGAAAAGCUUCAGUGUCCAUCACAAACGAAGCAGGCGAGACGCCGCUGGACAUCGCCAAACGUCUGCGACACACUCUGUGUGAAGAACAGCUGACUCAGGCUCAGACUGGAAAGUUUAAUGUCCACGUUCACGUCGAGUACGAGUGGCGUCUCCAGAAUGACGACAUGGACGAGAGCGAGGACGAGAUGGAGGACAAGCCCAUCCCGAACCGCCGUGAGGAGCGUCCGGUCAGCUGCUUCAUGCCGGGCAGUGGCCCCAUACAGCCCAACCUGGCGGCGUUGGCCCGAGACGCCGCCUGCCUGGUGCGGGACAAACAGAGGCCUCAGGUCCCCAGCAUGAUGAUCAGCAACGAGACCUACGGCACCAUGUUGGACCUGAACCUGCCGCCAGGACCAACACCCCCACUGCCGCCCAGAGGACCCAACAGAGGUUCAGGACACGGUAAACCUGCUGCCAUGGAAACAGUCGGGAGACAGCGGUCGUCCUCCGACCCCCCCAACCCUCUAACCCCUGAUAGGAACUCCUCCAUGUACGUGCUCCCAGCAGGUCCUCCUCCUCCAGUAAACAAGAGGUCCAGUAUGUUGGAGACCAAGACCGUGUCAGUCAGGAACACGCCCCUCCCUCCUCUGCCACCCCCACCAACAGCUGGACUCCCCCCAGUCCUCCCAGUACCUCCAAUCCCCCCACCACCCACCAUCCCACCACCACCCCACUACAAAGCUCCGCCCCAUCCUCCACCAGUCCCCCUUCACCAGACCAGUAGACCUCCAGGACCACCAGUACCACCAGGUCCCAAGUCCCCUAAAUCACCCUCUGGAUCAGUGAAAACUCCUCCUCAGAGACCUCCAGUCAGGACGGCGUCUGUGGACAAACGAGGGUCUCAGUCCAAAUCCCCACAAACUCCAACGCCUCCGACGCCCAAACCCAGAAGCACUUUCUCCAAGCAGAAGCCUCAGAGGGUGAAGGCCAUCUACAACUGUAACGCUGAUAAUCCAGACGAGCUGACGUUCGCUGAGGGAGAGGUGAUCGUGGUGGAGGGGGAGGAGGACAGCGAGUGGUGGGUCGGUCACGUUGAAGGAGACCCGAGCAGGCGAGGAGUGUUUCCUGUCACCUUCGUUCACUUCAUCACAGAGUGAUGUCAGGUUCACACCUGCACUCAGCUCACCUGGAGCCGAAACAUCCAGGACAAAGACUCACAGUGAUCCACCUGAGAGACGAACACGACUGCAACUCAAAAACACUGAAGCUGCUUUAUUUUAAUGUUCCAGCUUCUGUCAGAUUUUCCCUCUCACAUGUUUUACAUUUACAAACUCACCUGUGACUCCACCUUUACAAACUCACAGAGCUGUAUUUUAAAUUUUAAACAAGAUGACAAAGUUUCCCAGGAGAUCCUGAAUGUGUCAGGAUGAGUUUGUUUCAAAGGAUCCAGCAGACAAAAAAGAAACUUGGUUAAGUUUUAAUAUCGAGCUUCAUAUAAACAUCUACAUUGAGUGGCUGCAGCGACCCUCUGCUCCUGGUUUAACUCCUUAAAUCUAAUGAAAAGAAACGUUAGUGCUGCACACAGAAUCACCUGACAGACAGCAGUGUUCCUCGGUGCAGUAGAACAGCUCCUGUUUCCCAGUUAGUGUGUGAAGAGUGGACUGGUUCCUGACCUCACCACCUUUGGGAUGAACUGGAACGUCACCUGUGAGUCAGACCUGAUCACCAUCGUCAGUGUGACGCUCUGCUGUCUGAACGCUUCAACAUCCCACUGAAACCACAUAUGAGUAUAUAUGAGUACUGUUAAACAGAGUCUGCUGGUAUCAAACCUGUGACGUUACAGCCCCAAAAAUACUCUGAUGUGUUUGUUAUUGUUUUUGUCUCUGGUAGAAAUGAUUAAUUUUAACCUGUUGGCUGAAGGGAAACUUUUAAUUUUAUUGUACUUUCAUUUUCUUAUAACGCUCAAUGUCAUUAAAACACCUGAAAUUACGCCUGUAA